CGCCUGCUGGAGCUGACGCCCGCCCGUGGACACACUGCCAGCCCGAGGAGACGUUCUCGAAUAUCUGCCCGCAUCUCUCGGCCCUGCAGAAGGAGCGAGGGAGACGGAGGAUUCAGGGGUCCCCCAGGCCAUGGAUGUGCUCCGAGCAGCCAAGGGACAGUGUCCCUGGCGUCGGUGCUUCACAGGGCUGCUGCUGCAGCUGCUGUUUGCCCUGUGUUUCUUCUCCUACAUCCGAGUGUCCCAGGACCAACCCGGCCCCCCAGCUCCCGAAGGCCCCACAGGACCAGCCUCCGCCCCAAUUCCCCCUGCCCCCAGGCCCUUCCUCAUCUUACUGUGGACAUGGCCCUUCCACAGCCCGCUGACUCUGUCCCCCUGUUCCACGAUGCUCCCAGGCACGGCCGACUGCCUGAUGACCGUCAGCCGGAGCUUGUACCCCCAAGCAGACGCGGUCAUCUUCCACCACCGAGAAAUCAGCCCCAACCCCAGGUCGAGGCUGCCAGCUGAGCCGAGACCACCAAGCCAGCGCUGGGUGUGGUUCAGCCUGGAGUCGCCCAGCCACUGCAGCAGGCUGUCGGCCCUGGAUGGCUACUUCAACCUCACCAUGUCCUAUCGCAGUGACUCUGACAUCUUCACCCCCUAUGGCUGGCUGGAGCCGUGGCCGGAGCCUCCAGUGCAAACCCAGGUCAACAUGUCUGCCAAGACUGACCUGGUGGCCUGGGCCGUGUCCAACUGGAACCCCAAGUCGGCUCGGGUGCUAUACUAUCAGAAGCUCCGCAAUCACCUCCAUGUGGACGUGUAUGGCCGGGGACACAUGUCGCUUUCCCGGGGGGACAUGAUGGAGACGCUGGCCAGAUACAAGUUUUACCUGGCGUUUGAGAACUCGCUCCACCCGGAUUACAUCACAGAGAAGCUGUGGAAGAAUGCUCUGGGCGCCUGGGCUGUGCCCGUGGUCCUGGGGCCCAGCAGGAAGAACUAUGAACGCUUCUUGCCCCCUGAUGCCUUCAUCCACGUGGACGACUUUGAGAGCCCUGCGCGCCUGGCUCAGUACCUGCAGCAGCUAGACAAGGACAGCCAGAGCUACCAGCGCUACUUCCGCUGGAGGGAGACGCUCAGGCCUCGCUUGUCCAGCAUGGCCCUUGCCUUCUGCAAGGCAUGCAGGCAGCUGCAGUGGGACCAGAGGUACCAGACAGUCCACAGUGUGGCCUCUUGGUUCCACUGAGGUGGCUGGCCAAGGGCCUGCAGACAGGGCCCCACACAAAGCCAUCCUCUGCAGCCCCUGUGUGCUGGCUAGUUUUUUGUUUGUUUGGUUUGGUUUUUCGAGACAGGGUUUCUCUGUAUUGUUUUGGAGGCUGUCCUAGACCUAGCUCUGUAGACCUGGCUGGCCUCGAAGUCACCGAGAUCUUCCUGCCUCUGUCUCCCGAAUUCUGGGAUUAAAGGCUGUGCUGGCUAGUUUUAUUUCAACUGGCUACAAACUAGUCCUGUGGGUUGAGACAAUGGCCCCACCAGAUUGGCCUGCAGGGCAUUUUCUUAAUUAGUGAUUGAUAGGGAGGGCCUCAGCACACUGUGAGUGGUGCCAUUUCUGGGGCUGCUGGU